CUUCAUCUGCAUCGGUAUCGAGUAGUGUUGAUGCUACUGCUGUUGUGGCCGAAUCCGAGAGUAAUUUAAUGGCAGCAACAAAUUCAUUAUCUACAACCGAAAACAGUAAAAUAAUUCGAUGAUCAUCAUGGCAAGAAACAGUUGCUGUUACCAUCGACAUCUACCACAUCUACAAUACGAGAAUAUUCGCCAAUUCAUCAUGAGCAUGCCAUGUCCAUUGUUAAUCAAUUGGUCAGAGAAGGAAAGGUUGCAAGUUUUAGUGCAUCAUCUGUGAAAGAUGUCAGUGAUCAUCAUUUGGCAGUUAAGUCUCUUGCACAAUUAUUAACAGAAGAAGAAGAACAACAUGAUGCAAUGAAUCAGCCACUUUCACCCAAUUUCUUACUCGUUAUCGUAUUCAAGACAGUUCGUUUAUUGGAUUUACUUCACAAACAUCACCUCGUGUACAGAAACUUGACAUUGGAAAACAUUCUAAUUGAAAAGUUGCAAGAUGGCAACUUGAAUGUCCAUUUAAAUAAUCUCGACAAGUCAAUUGAACUCUUAAUUGACCAACAAGUCAAUUUAACAUCCACAAUUUCAUUCCAAGGUGAUGAACAUGCAGUUAGUUACAAUGCUCCACUCCAUCAAUAUUUUGACUUUAACAGAAAUGCACAAAUUACUCAUGGCUAUGAACCUCCAGAAAUAAUCCACUCAACAACUUGCGAAAAACCUUUCAUUUGCUUGAAAAGUGAAAUUUGGAGUUUGGCCAUUUGUAUCCUACGAGUUCUUUUUAGAAAAUCAAUAAUUAUUCAUCCAGAGAAUUAUGUUGAACAAUUGGAUGAACUGUUUGGUAGGGAGGUUGAUGAAGAUUUGGUGGCUACUCAGGACGAAAGUAAGACAAUCAUGACAUGUCUUAAGGAAAUGACUAGAAAUAUGUUGUGUCCGAAUGUAUACGAAAGGUGGAGUUGUGCUGAUGUUAUUGAGUACAUUUGUCUUGCUUCCACUUUUUUGAAAAGUAUUACUCAAGAGUUUUUGAAUCAAUAAGUUUCUAAUAAAAUGUAAAUGUUUGGGGUUU